CCACUGUACAUACUUACAUUGGAUAUCUUAAUCACCAAAAAAAUACUUUUUGUUGUAUAUAUGUUAGUGUACAUCAUGUGGACAUCCUAAUCACCAUUUAACAAGAAACUGAUCCAGUUGAUGUUAGUAAUAUCGAUCAAAGCUUCGAAUUCAGUUUGAGAAAGAUUACAGUUCCCCCAAAUUUCCCACGCUCAGCUCUUGGUAGUCUUACAAGAAAAAAAUAUCUUACCAACACAAAAAUAACUCAUAGCCCCGUGUCGGAAGUAGAAAUAUAUGUCGCGAAGCUUCUUUAGGCCCUUAUAAAAGGAUCUGGCAAGACCCAAACCAGACAUAAAAUAUGUCCAACUGAAGCCAUGGAUAUCUCUCCAGCGUCUCAACUUCUUCCUUUCAUACACAUGAUAACUGGAGCAGCCAAUAUAUGAAGAUUACCCUUUGUUCCCUUAAUGCUCAUCGGGUUGGGUGGUUUUGGGGGAGAGCUAAUCCGCACCGUUUAGACAGUGAGUGUUGCAGAUAUUUGAUGUCACGCCGGCAUGGCCAGACCGUCUCAGCGCCCUUGUUGCCAAGGGAAACACUCUUCGUUCAACCAACUAUACUGACAUUUCGGCUUUCCAUCUCGUUUUUAAUCUCCGCGCUAAUCCGCUUCACAAUGCAUCCCCACCAUGUACAUCCCACCCGACCGAUGUUGUCCGAUCCGGAACAGCUGCCCAAACUAAAUUCAUCGAGCGGCUGUUCUGACCCAGCCACCAUCGGUACCCAACCAGUACUUUUCGUUUUUGGAGACUAACUGAACUUGCCAGCAUAGAUCUAUCCCGAUGAAUUCAAUUUGCUUUUCUUUGGGGACUAAUAUAUCAGAGAGAAUAGACGAAGCCAUGGGUAUCUAUCCACCGCCUCAACCACUUCCUUUCAUACAGAUGAUAACUGAAGCAAUUUCUUGUUUGAAAGAAAAAUCUGGAUCAUGUCAACGUGCAAUUGCAAAGUUUAUUGAAGAAAAGUAUUAUGUAUUUGGGCUUCCGAAGAAUUUUAAAAGAAUGUUGUCGACUCAGUUAAACGAAUUGACAAAAUCUGGAAAGUUGGUGAAAGUUGAGAUCAUUUAAGCUACCUGUGACAGAGAAGUCGGAAAAAAAUUCCGUUGAAAUCAAAGAGAAAAAGGUGACGGAGAAGUCGAAAAAAUCUUCUGUUCAAAUCAAAGAGAAAAAGAAAGAGAAAAAAAUUAAAGAAGCGGUAAUGGUAAUAAAAAAUAACAUAGAGGCUGGAAAGAGGCUGGAAUUUCUGAAGUAUGAAGAGAAAAUUAAGAGUUUGAGUCAAGUGAGGAUGCCAAGAAUUUCGAAGAAGAAAGAACUGAUUCAGAAAGAGAAAGCUAACCUAGCGGAGUGGAAGAAGGUCGCAGGGAUAAGCAGCGUCGACCUUACCCUUGUUGGAUCCUUAGAGGAGUUGAUGCAAGUACAACAGGAACUUGUCGGGGUUCAGGAACAAACAGUUGCCAAGAUACAGUGUAUGGAGGAUAAAUAUGAAAAGAAGCUAUGGGAAUGGGAGAGGUGGCAGAAGCAGAAUGAUCAAGUACAAAUGAGUCUUUAUAAGCAAAGGAGUGAGAUUAUCAAAUCAAUUCCUAAGUUCUGGUCAACUGCUUUUAUGAGUGACUAUUCGCUUCAAAGACUCUUGAAUGAAGUAGACAAGAAGAUAAUUAAUUAUCUGGACUCUGUGGUUGUUGAAGGUAGUCUAGAUGCGACAUCUGAGUGUACUGUAACUUUAAACUUUGAGGAGAAUCCUUACUUUAAAAAUUCAAGUCUCACAAAAGAAUUCAAGUUGUCCCACGAAGGAAUCAUUGAGGCAAAGGGCACCACAAUCACAUGGAAGACUGGCAAGGGCAUUACAGCCGGACUUGAAGAAAAGGGGAGUGAGCAGUCUAAUACUGAUAUGAAUAAAAGGUUCGUUAUCAUGUCAUGCUUCUUUACAUGGUUCUGUGAAGAUCCUAAGAAAAAGCUCCGUGACGAGGUGGCUAAUUUAAUAGCAUGUGAUUUAUGGUGUUACGCUCCAGAAUAUUUUGUCAAUGCAAAGUCGAAUGGUAAACAAAGUAUGGCCACGACAACAAGUACAAUGGUAGACAAAGCUAAAUUAUGACCAUGGCGAAAAGUAGAAUGGUAAACAAAGCUGAAUUAUGGCCACGACGACGAGUGGAUGGGGAAUGAUGUGAUGUGGACAGUUUCUUUCAAGUUGCUUUUGCUUCUGUGCUUGUGCAAAUGAAGUUCCUUCUCAGACUUCUAAAGUACUUGCAUCUUUUUUUCUUACUGUAAUAUAAAUGGUUCCUAAAUGAGAUGGCUGCAGCCUACUGCCUACAUGUAUAAUAUAAAUGGUUCCAUGUAAAGUUC